UGCCUGCUUGGAGCCAUGGCUGCUGCUGAGAGCCACAGGAAGAGGCUUCAAGACGAAGCGACUUGCUCCAUUUGCCUGGACUUUUUCGCGGAUCCGGUGAUGCUGGACUGCGGGCACAACUUUUGCCAGGCCUGCAUCGAGAAGUGCUGGAGGAAUUCACCCACAGGAGCCGCCUGUCCUGAGUGCCGAGAGAGAGUUCAGCGGCGGAGCCUCAAGCCCAACAGGCAGCUGGCCAAUAUGGUGGAGAUUGCUAUAGAGAUGAAGGCGGAGCAGGGAAGGUGGAAAGUCUGCGAGUGGCACCAGGAGCCCCUGAAGCUCUUCUGCAAGGACGAGGAGGCCCCCAUCUGCGUGGUGUGCGACAGGGCCAAGGAGCACCGAGCUCACAACGUGGUUCCCUUGCAGGAGGCUGCCCAGGAGUACAAGGAUCGGAUCUGUAGCUGCCUGGAGACUCUGAGGGAGGAGAGAGAGAAAAUUCUGGCACAUAGAGCAGACACAGAAAAGGAAAGCCAAGCCUUGCUGGAGCAAAUAGAAGCUGAGAGGGAAAAGACAGUGGUUCAGUUCCAACAACUGCGCCAGUUUCUGGAAGAACAAGAGAAGCUUCUCCUGGUCCAGAUGGACGAGGUGGAAAAGGAGAUCGCAAGGACAUGGGAUGAGCGCUUGGCCAAGAUCUCGGAGAAGCUCUCUUCCGUGGAACGAAUGAUGCAGGAAAUGGAAGAGAAGCGUCAACUAUCAGCAAGUGAACUCCUGCAGGACAUAAGAAGCACCUUGAGGAAGUGCGAGGAGAAAAAGUUUGAGAAUUCUGUGGUUUUCUCCCCGGCACUGAAGUGGAGGAUCUGGGAGGUGUGUGAUACAAAUCCCUUUCUGGAGGGUUUCAUGAAGCAGUUCCAAGACAGCCUGAAAUCUGGACUUCAGCUGAAGAAAGCAAAUGUAUCUCUGGAUCCAGACACAGCUCAUCCAUGGCUCAUCCUGUCUGACGAUCAUAAAACUGCAAAGCUUGGAAACGAACGUCAAAAUCUGCCCAACAACCCCGAGAGAUUUGAUGAAUGUCCGUUUGUGUUGGGGUGUGAGGGAUUCACAGCAGGCAGACAUUUCUGGGAAGUUGUUGUGAGGCAUGAGGGACAGUGGUCUGUGGGGGUUGCCAGAAAGUCUGUGAGGAGGAAGGGGGAGUUCAUCACUGGUCCUGAGGAAGGGGUCUGGGAUAUGGGGAAGUGGAAUGGUAAGUACUGGGCCUCUGACAGCUGCCUUUCUCUAUGUGGGAAACCCAAGCGGUUUCGCGUGAGUCUGAACUAUGAUGCGGGCCAAGUGGCCUUUUAUGAUGCUGAUACAGCGGCCCUGAUCUACACCUACUCAGCAGCCCCAUUCUCUGGGGAGACCAUUAACCCCUUUUUCUAUGUUUGUGGGGAAUCCCACCUGGCCCUCUCUCCUUAAGGUGGUCAAAGGGUGGAGAGAGAUGUGCAUAAACCCACUGCAGCUCUGACAUGCUUUGGCCCUCCUUCGCAGGACUGAGCUCAGGCAGGCCGCAAUCCACGCACUCUGUUGAAGGAGAGGCCAGUUGUCCUUUGGGUCACUCAGGAGUCCACCUCCUGCUCAUGAGUAAAUUUCAAAGUGCAUUUAUAGGAUAAAACAUUUUAAAAGAAAUUAAUAAAACUGCAUAAAACCUUAA